AUGGCACUACUUGAGCUGCUGGAACAAUUGUCAGCUGGGUUGCUCCGCAUAUGGCACGAGCACCGACUCCCCAUCCUCCUUGCUGCACUAGUCGUAGCGACGAUUGCGCGUCUUGCCAUCUAUUCGCGCGACCGGAGAGAGAAGCUUUCUGUAUCACCAGCUCCUUCAUCACCUGCGCCCGUGGAGAAGACGACUUCGGUCCAGCUCAAACCGGAAUGGCUGCCCGAAUAUACCACGACGCUCAACUCUUCGGAGCUUAAUGUCGAUAACCAUGCGGAGGACGAUACCAGGGCCGUGGCUGCAGUCGCAAAGGUGAAGAAGGGACCUAAGAUGGUCAAGGGCAGGAAGACACCGAAGAAGCUUGCUGCAGCCCCGACGUUUGACCACCAAGCGGAUAGGAUACAGCCAUUGGUUUUCUUCCAGUCGCUAUCUGGUACGACGGAACGUUACGCUAAGCAGUUUGUUGAAGUUCUCUCCGAGUGGACAAAAGGGUGCGACCAAUCGAAGUCCUUCCUAGAGCCCCAGACACUCGACAUAUCCUACAUUGAGCACGACGAUUACUUCAUCAGUCCGCCCAAAUCCGACGUCAACGUCAAAUACUUCUACAUUAUCCUCGUACCGACGUACAAUAUCGACACCGUCUUGGACGUUUUCGUAGAGAGCUUGCAGGAGACACACAAUGACUUCAGGAUUGAUACGGCGCCAUUGAGCGGUUUGGUUGGAUAUGCUGUGUUUGGCUUUGGCGAUAGGGAAGGGUGGCCGACAGAAGAAGAGGGCUUUUGCAGUCAAUCGAGGGAGGUGGAUAAGUGGAUGGCCAGGCUUACCGGUCGUAAGAGAGCAUAUCCACUAGGCAUGGCCGACGUCAAGAGCGAGGCUGAAGAGAGGUUACAAGAUUGGAGAAUAGGCGUCCAGGAUGCCCUCGUGGAAAUCGUCGAAGGACGGGGACUCGGUGAAGGCGUACCAGGUAGUGGAGAUGCCAUCGAAAGCGAUGAAGAAGAUCUCGCAGAUGAAGAUGGUCAAAGCACACGAGUAGAUGACGUUGAAGACCUAGGUUCGAUGGUAAAUUCGUCUGCUGGACCGAUACCGGUCGACUUUACGACCUACAAGAAAUCCGCAACCAAACCUGAAUCUCUCCAGGCCGCCACACCCCGUCAGGUUCCCAAGGAGAUGGUUCCCACUACCUCCCCUACCUAUGCCGCUCUUACAAAGCAAGGUUAUAGCAUCAUUGGCUCUCAUUCAGGCGUCAAGAUCUGCCGAUGGACUAAAUCCGCUUUACGAGGCCGAGGCUCCUGCUACAAGUACUCUUUCUACGGUAUUGCCUCUCACUUAUGCAUGGAAGCCACCCCGUCUUUGUCUUGCUCGAACAAGUGCGUCUUCUGUUGGCGACACGGUACAAACCCCGUGGGCACAACAUGGCGCUGGAUAACUGAUGCUCCGGACCUGAUUUUCGAUGGCAUAACAGCCGCACAUUACAAGAAGAUCAAAAUGAUGAAGGGUGUCCCCGGAGUCCGAGCCGAGCGUUUUAGCGAGGCCAUGCGCAUUCGUCACUGUGCCUUGAGUCUAGUCGGUGAGCCCAUUUUCUACCCGCACAUCAAUGAGCUCCUCGAUAUCAUGCACAGGAAUCGAAUUUCCACGUUCCUUGUCUGCAACGCCCAGCAUCCAGCUCAACUAGCUUCUUUGAUCCCAGUGACACAGCUCUACGUCUCCAUAGACGCAUCCAACAAAGACAGUCUCCGCAAGAUUGAUCGACCACUACAUCGAGACUUCUGGGAGCGUUUCUGUGCUUGCUUGGAUAUCCUUCGCAAUCGUCGUUUCGAGCAACGCACCGUCUUCCGCCUUACGCUCGUCAAGGGUUUCAACAUGGCCGAGGAAGUGCGCGGCUACGCUGACCUUGUUGAACGCGCUCUACCUGGUUUCGUCGAGGUCAAGGGCGUCACAUAUUGCGGAACCUCUGCGGCUGGGUCCGCAGGCCUUACUAUGCAGAACGUUCCCUUCUAUGAAGAAGUUGCCGAGUUUGUAACAGAGCUUGAGAAAGAACUAAACAGCCGCGGACUUACUUAUGGUAUCGGCGCCGAGCACGCGCACUCCUGCUGUGUCCUGCUAGCCGACCGCACAAGGUUCAGGAAGAACGACAAAUGGGCUACUAGAAUUGACUUUGAACGCUUCUUCGAUCUCUAUGAAGGCAAGGUGCAGGGAACGAGAAUGGAGGGGGAGAAAGUGGUGGGCUGGAGACCCGAAGAUUAUGUUGGCGAGGAGACACCUGAAUGGGCUCUUUGGGGCAAUGGCGGAUUCGAUCCUAGAGAUGCGAGAGUGUAUAGGAAGGGCAAGGGUCCAAGAGGUGAUGAAGAUGGGGAGAAGGGUGCGGUAGCAGGGAAAGCCACCGCGACUGCUUUGGAAUUUUGA